ACAUUGGGAUAGACACAUACACAGCUCAGAGGCUGAAUCCCCUCUACUGCCCCAGGUAGCAGACUCACUGGACCAAGAAACCCAUGUGCUCCGGAUGGUAUUACUAAUGAAACCCAUCUUCCCAGUGAUCUGGUUUUAUGGUGUUCUAGGAAAACGCAUUAAGGCACACGCGGGCUUGCCCAGCAUCGCCGCCUUUACGUGAAGCGUGAGUCACUACUCCUGCAAGAAGGAAGCAGCGUGAGACAAAGCCACUCCCUCCCAAAUCAUGUGCUUCCCCUUAGACAUAAAAUCUGCUCACUGCGUGGUUUCUUCUUCUGAAGCAGCCAGAAUUGGCCACCGUCCGAGGGGGGAAACUGAGCGGGAUGGAUCCACCAGUCUGAUCCAUUGUAGCAGUUCCUACACUCCUAUGUUCUAUUGACACUUAAAAGUACCCACUCCCAUUAGCCCAACUGUGGGAGAGUGAGCCGGAGCCUGUUUCUGCCUCACGACAGAUGCAUCAGCUAAAUCCCAGCUAUGAGAUCUUUAUUACUAGCGACAACGGCAGAGGCAGAAAGAUCCCAGCGUGGCUCCAGAUCCCAGGUGGAAAGUGCAGCAACAGCAGCUAGAAAAGUCAGCGUGAUUCCAGGGCCCUGCUCCUGCCACCUCACCCCACUUUAAUACUCAUGGACAGGCUCUUGUUUGGUGAACGGCCAUUCUGGUGGGUCUAUGAAUCUGGACUCUUCAGCAAGGAAAAAGUCCUGCUUCGCCAGUUCCCUGUCUCCUGUGAAACAGGGCCAGGUAGCCCCUCCGGCCAUUGCAUGAUCACAGGGGCAGCCUUGUGGCCUAUCGUCACUGCUCUCACGGCACUGGCAUCCCGACACUCCACUAGCCGGCUGGUGAAGCUAACCCCCUUCCUGGCCUACUUUCUCCUCCUGCUGGCAGUGGGGCUCUCGCGCAUCUUCAUCCUGGCACACUUCCCCCACCAGGUGCUGGGCGGCAUUGUGGCUGGAGCCGCCCUGGGCUGGAUGCUGGAGGCCUGCGUCCCAGCAGAGAGGAAGCUGAGUUUCUACCUUGCCACUUCGCUGGCCCUGCUGCUGAGCGCCAUUGGGCUGUACUGGAGCAUGGUCGCUCUUGGCAUGGACAUCGACUGGUCAAUUCACCUGGCCACUAAGUGGUGCUUGAACCCGGAGUGGAUCCGCAUAGAAACGAGGCCCUUCGCGUCGCUGUGCCGAGACACAGCCUCUGCCGUGGGCCUGGGCCUGGCCACCCACUCCUCCCUCUACACCCAGCUGAGGCACGAGAGACCCGGCUGGACGCAGCGAGCCGUGGGCGCUGGCCUGGCCCUCGCUGCCCUUCAGGGCCUGAACGACGUGGUGCAGCCGGAGAACAUCGUCCUGUGGUACGGCCUGAACUUUCUGAAAUACGCCAGCUUCCCGUGGGUGGUGGUGGCGCUUGUUCCGUGGCUGGUCCGGUCGCUCCCUCUCACGCAGAGCCGGCCACACUCCCAGUAGCACGUCCAGUGCAUCAGUGAGCCAGACAGACGGCGGGUCGCUCUCCCUAGGGGGGGCGUGGCUGGAACUACCCGCGUACCCGUAAACUAAAUCUCCUAGCAAGUGGCAGCAUUUAUCCUCCCAGCUUCCAAUGUCACAGGCCAAAUUCUGUUCUCCCG